AGUAAACAAUCAUUGUCAUAUUUUGUGAAUGGCCCUGUGGAUUGUUUAUAAAUAAUAAAUUUUUAAAAUUAUAAUUAAUUAUAUUCAAAACUACAUCAAAGAUAUCAAUUACGCAGCUAUGGAUGUCAAUAAUUCACACAAUCAAAGUUACUGGUUUGUUGUACGUGAAGACCAUAGCAAUGUCAUAUUCAGCAGUAACAAUUUUACAAUUCAAAACCCUCAAAUUGCAGGUCAAGAAACGAGAUUCAUAGUGGAUACAGGUGACAACCGACAAUUUAUGCAAGUUGAUAACAUUCCAGCUAUCCAAGAGGAACCUACUAAAGAUUCUUGCAAAGAAAUAAAUCCAACGAAAGAAACUGAUAACUUUUGGGACAGAAAUAAAGUUAAGCUACUGUUAUCACUAUGCCGUGAAAAUGGCUACAAUUUUACUAUGGACAAAUUUGAUUUAAAUGAAAUUGCAAUAUUAGUUGGAACUACACCUGAAGAAUGUGAUAAAAAGAUCCGUAAUUUACGUCGAACAUACAUCAGAUUAAUGAAGAAGAAAUUAAUGGGAAAGGAUAUAAAAUGGGUACAUUUCAACAUCUGUGAAGAUUUAUUCAAAGAUUGCAAAUUGUUGAACCCAGCUUUGGAACCUUGGGAGGAUGGGAAGGUCAGACAACUACUGACACUGUACAUAGAAAAUAUUAACAAAUUCCGGGAUCCUAAUUUCUUACAAAAAGAAGUAUGGAAAGAUAUAGCUUCACAGUUAAAUACUAGUGAAUAUAAUUGCUAUCACAAAUUCAAAAACUUAAAAAGAACAUAUUUCAAUUGGCUCGAAAGGAGCAGAGAAACAGGAAAACUAAUCAAGUGGCCCUAUCAUCAUUAUUUUGAAAGAAUAUAUUAUAAUUACAACCCAGAUCUUGGCCCAUGGGAUAGAAAUAAAAUAAGACAACUUAUAAAUGCAUAUUCAGAAAUUGCACACAUGUUUAGGAAUCCUAAGUAUCAAAAGAAAGAACUGUGGAGGGAAAUCUCUAGAAAAGUUGGCGAGAGUCCCAGUAAUUGUGACAGGAAGUUUAGAAAUUUAAAACAAACCUACAUAAGGCUAAAGAUGAAAGUUGAAACUGGCCGUUCAAUAACCAAAUGGAGAUAUUAUAAAGACUUUUCAACUAUAUUUGAAAAUGAAACUUAUUCAGCUAUGAAUGAUGGUCUAGAAAUUGUUUACAAAUCUGCUGAACAAGAUUAUAUAACCCAGUUGUUAAAUUUCUACAUUGACAAUAAAGAAAAAUUUAGGGACCCACUUGUGAAGAAGAAACAUUUAUGGAGAUUAAUUGGACCUAAAAUUGGUUUAUCUCCUGAAGAGUGUGAUAAAAAGUUUAGAAAUUUAAAACAGACUUAUAUCAGACUGGCAGAAAGAAAAAGUUUAAAUGGAAGAAACAAUGGAUGGCCAUAUUAUUCAUAUUUUGAAAGAAUCUACGAUGAACCAAGGGCAUUUGGCAAGGAAUGUAAUCACAGUUGUAAUGUAGAUAAUGUAACUCUUAAAAAAAUCAGAAGCAUAGUUAAGGAUGCUUAUGAAGUAAAAGAUAAUGAUAAAUUUGAGAGGCUUGUGAAAGUAGUAGAAGAGGCAAAUGAUAUACAGAGAGAAAGAAAUAAAAUACUUCAAGCUUUAUUGAAUAGGAAAUGAAGUAUUGCGAAAAUAUGCUUGUGUUAGAUUUCAGCAGUACCUAUGUUAAGUCUUAGAGGUGGGACUAGAAUAUUUUGCAAUUUUACUGCUCAAAUUUUGGCUAGAAAAGCAGUUUGAUUGGUAUAAUUUGGGAGUUCAGUUUGUAAAGCUGGCUAAGUAGGAUUGAAAUUAAUUGAUCUGAUGUACUCUUCUGUAGUUAGUUCAUUGAUUAAUUAUUAUUGAAAGUAAAACUAUGAGAGCUGGAUAUUGAAAGCUAAAAUUUCUUUUAUUUCAUGUGCCCCCUUAGGGCACAACAUAUUUAAAAAUAAUGUUAACUAUAAUUUUAUAACAUGAAAUAAUUUUCUUGGCUAAAAUGAGGAUAAUGUAUAAAGAUAAAGAUCACAUUCACAUACAUAUUAUCAUUUAUCGACUACUAGCUUUCCACCCGCAUCUUCGUCCGCGCAGUCAAAGAAAAACC